UAUUUUUAAAUAAUACAAUUUUAUACAUACUUGAUCGAUAUUAACAUUGCAGACUUGAUAGAUAAUUAAUAUUGCAGCCCUACAAAUUUAUGCAAGGACAAUCCUUAUUUAAGGCCCAAUUUGUUUUUCAUCCAAUGACCCAAUUGAUUUAUCAUAUACUAAAUAGCAUGUAGGAAUUGCAGUCGCACUCACAUGUUUAUUCCUCUUUUUUAUUUUUUUCGGGGGCCUUCACAAUCCAAUACUCCAAGCCAAGCUUUUGGUAUUCUCCCCAUUCACCCAACUUCCCUACCGACCCGCUAUCCCUUACGUACUCCUCAAACUCACACAGAGAAUCCCAACCACAUCCCCCCCCACAUAAACAUCAAACAGUUAUCUUCCUCGUUCUAUUUUGUUCCAAAAAUAAAUCACAUUUCAAACCACCACCUUAACUGCCAUAACUCAAUUGGCCUUCCUCCAUAGUUCUUUGCAAUGGAGUCUGUUGCCUCCAGCUCCUCUCCACCAAACCACCACCACCCCCAACGGCCACGGACACGGUUCAAGCCCACCCAGCCCUUCGCGGACCGGAUAGUCCGCGCCCUCCACCACGACCUCCGCCUCCUCCACCGCCGCGAAUCCACUUUCUUCAUCCUGGGCGCCACGGGGAACGUGUACACCGUGGCCUUAUGCGCCACCCCUUCAUGCACGUGCCCAGACCGCACAACCCCAUGCAAGCACAUACUCUUCGUGUUCCUCCGAGUGCUCGGCCUUCCCCUCGACGACACGUGUCUUAGGAGGAGGACGCUCCGGCCGUGCCAGGUUAGCCGCCUGUUGGGGCUGCCGACGCUGCCCGAAUCACUGGCUGGUGUAAGUGUUCGACAGAGGUUUCAUCAGCUGUUUUUCAACCAGGGCUCGUCAGCUUCAUCCUCAAGAACAAGGCCAAGGGAUGUGGAGAUUGAAGAGGGCAGAAGCUGCCCUGUUUGCUUGGAGGAGAUGGGAAGGGAAGAGAGAGUGGUGGCUUGCGGGACAUGCAGAAACCCAAUUCAUGAGGAGUGUUUGAUGAAGUGGAAGAGGAGCAGCGGGAGGAGGUCGGCUUAUUGUGUGAUUUGUAGGGCAAGGUGGAGGGAUAUCAAUAGGACGAUGGAACAAGACAAGUACUUGAAUUUAGCUGCUUAUGCUACAAGUCAUGAUCAAAAAGAUGAUUCUGAUGAGGGUCUCUGUGGUGGUGGUGGGUAAAUCCCAUGUUUAUAAUGUAAAUAAUUAUCAGCAGGACAGGUUAAAAAGGAUUAAACAUAAUUGUAAGUUGAUAUAGAAAUUGUAAAUUUGGAAAGGAAAUGACAAAAGUGCUUUUAUUA